AGCGGGUGACACGUCGGACGGCGGCGCCGCCAGCGGCAGCCGGAGCCGCUCACGGUCCCGUUCCUGCUCCCGGCCCGGCCAUGCGGCUGUCGCUGGUGCUGUCGGUGCUGCGGCCCGCAGGGCCGGUGGCCAUCGGCGUCUCGCUGGGAUUCACCCUCAGCCUCCUCAGCGUCACUUGGGUAGAGGAGCCCUGUGGGCAGUCGCCGCGUCCCGCAGCCGCCGCCCGCCCGCGUCCCGAGGACGGCCCCGCGCCGCCUCUCGGCCCCGGCAACACCAACGGCAACGCGGCUCGCAGGCCCAACGCUGUGCCGCCCGGGCUGGGCGCCGACAGCUGGGAGCCCCGCGUCGUUCCCUAUCGCCCGCCCAGCCCCGGCAGGGUCGCCAAGAAGGCCAUCAGGACCCGGUAUAUCAGCACAGAGCUGGGGAUGCGACAGCGGCUCUUUGUGGGUGUACUGACCUCCAAAAGCACACUGAACACACUGGGAGUGGCAGUCAACCGCACGCUGGCCCACCGCCUGGAGCGCCUAGUGUACUUCACAGGCACACGGGGCCGCAAGAUGCCCCAUGGCAUGACAGUGGUGACACACAGUGAUGAGCGACCCAUCUGGAACAUGUACCAGACCAUAAGGUACCUUCUGGACCACUACGUGAACGACUUUGACUGGUUCUUCAUGGUGCAGGAUGAUACCUACACAGAGGCACACCGCAUCAGCCGCCUGGUUGCCCACCUCAGCAUCGACACCCACCUCUACCUUGGCCGUCCUGAGGAAUUCAUUGGUGGGGACACCGAGGGACGCUACUGCUAUGGGGGAUUUGGUUACUUGCUGUCCCGCAGCCUCCUCCUGCUCCUGCAGCAGCACCUGGAGAGCUGCCGCAACGACAUCCUCAGCGCCCGGCCUGAUGAGUGGCUGGGCCGUUGCAUCAUUGACUACACAGGCAUCAACUGUGCUGAGGAGCACGAGGGCCUGCAUUAUAACUAUUUUGAGCUGGAAAAGAGCGUGGACCCUGAGCGGGAGACUGACCUCCGGUUCCAGAGUGCCUUCACUGUCCACCCCGUGCUGGAUCCCCUUCAGAUGUACCGGCUGCAUAAGUACUUCGCACAGGUGGAGCUUGAGAGAACCUACCAGGAAAUCCAGCAGCUCCAGCUGGAAAUCCAGAACGCUAGCAGUCUGUCUGCUGAUGGAGAUCAUGGCGCCACAUGGCCUGUUGGCAUCCCGCCCCCCUUCCAGCCCAAAACUCGCUUUGAGGUUCUGCGCUGGGACUACUUCACAGAGGAGCAGGUCUAUGCCUGCGUGGAUGGCUCCCCUAAGUGUGAGCUGCGCGGCGCCGAUCUGGCGGAUGUGGCCGACGUGGUGGCCACAGCCAUGGAGGAGCUGAACCGCAAGUACCAGCCAGUGCUCCACAUCCGCAAGCAGCAGCUGGUGAAUGGCUACCGGCGCUUCGACCCCACACGUGGCAUGGAGUACACGCUGGACCUCCAGGUGGAGGUGGUCACCCAAAAGGGGCACAGCCGCUCCAUCACCAAGCGUGUGCACUUAGUGCGGCCCCUUAGUGAGGUGGAGAUCAUCCCCAUGCCCUAUGUGACAGAGGCCAGCCGCAUCAACGUCAUCCUGCCACUGACUGCUCACGACCGGGACCAUGCUGCCCACUUUUUGGAGGCUUACGCGGCAGCUGCCUUUGAGAGCAGCGAGAAUGCAGUGCUCACCUUCCUCUUCAUCUAUGACCCCUUUGAGGCGCAGCAGGUCACCCAGAAUGACAUCUUUGCCCGUGUGAAGGCCCAGAUCACAGAGUAUGAGCGCAGGUACGCAGAGGUGAAGAUCCCAUGGAUCAGUGUUAAGACAGAUGCACCUUCCCAAAUCAAGGUCAUGGACAUCAUCUCCAAGAAGCACCCUGUGGACACACUUUUCUUUGUGGCCGGCGUGGGGACAGAAGUCACUGUUGACUUCCUGAACCGCUGCCGGAUGAACACCAUCAACAACUGGCAGGUCUUCUUCCCCAUCCACUUCCAGGGCUACAACCCUGCUAUUGCUUACCACAACCAGGUGCCGCCUGCCACACUGGACCUGCUGCGGGAUGCGGGGCGCUUUGACCGUGAUGUCUUCCAUGAGGCCUGCUUCUACAAUGCUGACUACAUGGCAGCACGCACCCGCAUGGUGAGUGAUGUGCAGGAGAACGAGGACAUCCUUGAGACCUUGGACAUCUAUGACAUGUUCAUCAAGUACUCCAACCUCCAUGUCUUCCGGGCUGUGGAGCCUGCCCUGCUGCAGCACUACCGGCACCAGGCAUGCAAUCCCCGUCUCAGCGAGGAGAUCUACCACCGCUGCAUGCAGAGCAGCCUGGAGGGUGUAGGCUCUCGCUCCCAGCUGGCCAUGGUGCUUUUUGAGCAGGAGCAAGGGAACAGCACCUGAACCCUAGGGUGCAAAGGAGCUGGCCCUGCCCUGCCAUGCCUGCCUGCCCACCCCACCUCUUCUGCUGCUCAAAGUCUGUCUUCCUCCUCCUGGCAGCUUCAGGGAUUGCUGAUGCCCAAGCUUGUGACUUCCCCUGCUGGGGCUGCUCAGACUAGGGUCCACCAGCUUGGGGUGCCCAGAUCCUUCUGGCAUGGCACAGCUGUGCAGCUCCCAGAGUGAGGUGGGGUCAGAGUUGUUGAGCUGUAAGCACCUGGCUCCUCACCCCAGAGCUGCCAGCUCUAUCCUUCUGCCUUGGUUCUGCUGCCCGUCUGGGAGGCAGUGGACUGUCCUGUUCCUUCCUGUCCACAGUCACCGAGAGUCAUGCAGAGCCCAGGGCUGCCCUGUUGCUGGGCUGUAUCUGCCAUGGAGCUGGGGGUAAUCUCACAUGAUUCCCCCAGCAUCCUGGGACAGGGCUGUGCCCCUCGUUCUCUCGGAGCAUGGGCCCGGUUGUGCAGGGACAGCAGGAUGGGGCACAGCCCAUCCCAAAAGAGCAAUAAGGAGGUUGGAUUUGAGGUUUUGCAAUUUGAUGAGUUGUAAUGCUCCUGGUGAGCUGGGGUGGGGAGUCCUGGGCCCCAGGGCUGGUGGAAGCAGGGCGUGCCAGAUCCUGCUGUAUCCAUGUACUGUGAGCUGCUCCCCAUGGGAACCGUGACCCUGGCCGCUUCGGCCUUCGCAGCGUUAAUAGGACGUCGGAGAUCGCAGCUCUCGGGUGAGAGCCUCCCAGCAGAGAUGGGAGCCCUCCCCACCAUGGGGCAGCCCUUGGGAGCAGGGCACGUGGUGCCCAGUGCUGGUCUGAACAGCAAAGGGUUUGCCUGCGUGUCUCCUAAGGAGAAAGUGACUGAGGAGCAGCUCUCUGCUCUUGGUUUGUAUUUAAUAGUGGGGAGAGGAGGGGGGGAGGGGGACAUUUACACUAAUAAAAGGGAGAGAUGAAUUUGUGAGUCUGGCUUAUUCUUCCCUGGGACACCUCUGGGAGUCCUGCCAGGGAUCUGCAUCUGGCUGGGUGCUGUACCUCGCUGUAGCUGGCUGAAAUGCUUCUUCCCAGGGAUGCUGCUUUUCCCAGGCCAGCUGGGAGAUGAGCAGCUCUCAUUAUUGAGGCCAAGGGGGACCCCAUCAGCUUACUGACAGGCUGGCCGGCGCUAGGCCAAGACGUGGAAGUACCUCCUUGAACCUCUAGAGGCUUGCAGUAGGAGUCUUGCACCUCCUCUGAUGCCCAGGGUCCUUAGGACCGUCUAGCUGUCACCAUCUGCUACCAGGCAGUGGUGGUGCAGCAGGAUGCUGAGCCCC